UAUAGGUGUAGGCUGCUAUGUGUUUAUACACCUCACUGCGUUUAAUCAUUAAUUAUUAUUGGGGCAGCAGUUAUAAUAUAAAAAAUUCUCUACACAAAUUCUUGGCUUCAGUGCUUUGUUUUACACACAGCUAUGUAGCUGUGAUAAAUGACAUUAAGCCCACACAGCAUUCAGUUUUAAACAAAAACACUGAUAACACAGUAGCAGCAGUGAUGAUGAUGCAGGCACAGUUAGAGGAGGAGUCAGUUCACACACAGAGAAGAGCAAAAAGGCGAAGCCAUUAAAGAGAUGAAAAGCUCAGGCUGAGUGAAAGAAAACUUGUUUCCAACAUCCAAAAUAGCAGUGUUGUUCCUGUAAUCAAAAUCAAAACCUUUAUUGAGAAACAGCGAGCGGGAGUGCUUCAUCAAAGUACCUGAUCAACAAAAUCAGAUGUGAAGAAAGUGUAAUUUUACAGCUGCUCCAUCCUCUGCUGUUUUGUUUUACACAGAGAAAAAUCAUAGUGAGCCUCUGGCAGUUGUACUAAAAGAGGCAGAUGAACAGUUAACUUUGUCUGUUAGCAGGUUUAAAUUAUACAGCUUGGUGUAUAAGUUUAUGACAGUUGUCCUAUUUUGAAUGGAGGUGAUACCUGUAGCAAACAGGGGUGAGUCUAAAGGGGGGCGUGGGGUGUACUAGACCAUAUUUAUUUCAAGGCUUUUGCAACGUUUUUUUUCAGAAAAUAAUAUAAAAUAUUGUAUUAUUUAAAUUGCUUUAAUAUUACACGAACUAAACAAUAAAAGCUUUUUUGCACAAUCCAAUAAAAAUUUACAUGGGUCAUUAAACUGUGAGCUACUGACCUGAGGAUGUGAGGUUGGACACUGAAUUACUAUUAAUACUAAUUCAGGUCUACCCCAUCAUUACAUCCAUAAAAUUAAAGGAUUUGCUCAGAUUUUGUAUUUAUUUUUUACUGUUUUGUUUGUUAUGACAUAAAAUAAUUCCACAGAGGAACAGCACAGUUAGUUGAUGGUCAGCAGCUGAACUCAGAGUUGUUACUGUGGAUCACGGCCGCUGGAAGAAGAGGUGCUGGGGUUGCUGCAGAGCUCCCAGUCACAAAAGGCAGACAUCACAACACCACCUGCUAAAGGCUAAAAAUCAAAAAUCAAAAAUGAAAAAAAAAAAAAACCAAACAAAAAUGGAUCGUGCUGUUAAAGCACUCUGUGCACUAUUCCUGUUGUCAUUUCCCUAAGAAAUUUGUGACAGAAAACGAAUAAAUAAGUGAAAAUACAGAGUAUGACUUUUUCUUUAAAUGACCCCAUGAUGUUAUAUAGUAGUUAUAAGUAUUAAAAUGGUGUGAUUAUUAGUUAAUACCUGCCAAGAGGUGUAACAGUAAUACAAAAACAUUUUGUUUAUUUAUUUCAUAUAUUUAUUUAUAUAUUUCAAAUAAAGCAAGCAGGCCUAGUGUGGCUGUGUCAGAGACGGGUUUGUUUGUGAUCAGGUUUGUUUUAUAGCAUCAGAGUCACAGCAGGAAGUUGUUGCUGUUGUGGUAAUCAUUGAUAAAUUUAAAGACGUAUUAAGGUGCAGCAGCUGAUCUUUGAACUCUGAGCUGCAUCUUAAGACUCUCUUAUGGUUUAAAGUGUUCAAUGUGGCGGCAGACAGAUCACAGAGAAGAAGCAGAGGAUUUUCUGUUUUUCUAAACAGACGUGGUCCACACAGUGGAGAACCAAAGAGUGAAGAAGUUCUUUGGAAGGAGCUGAAGAGCUGCAGAGUGAAGUUCACGGGAAACAGCUGAGUGAGUAGAAAUCUGACUCAUUAGAGUUUUUAAGAGUUCCUUUUCAUCACAAAGCAAAGUUUCAUUUAUGUGGAGAACAGAUGAAGAUUCAUUUGGAUAAAGACUCAAAACCAAAAAGCUGAUCCAGUAUAACUCUAUAUUACAUCUCAGUAAUAAUACUAUAUAAAAAAAAAUAGUGGGGUAAUAAGGUGAACACAAAAAUGUAAUCAAAUGUACACAUCAACACACACUGACCAUUCGGCAGUCCAGCUUAUUUGCUUUUUAUUAAUAAUAUAAUUUCUCUGAAAACAAAUUAGUUUAACAUCGCUUUAACAUAUGGGGCUGGUCUUGUACAGUUACAUGAACUUUGGUGUCAUUUAAAAAGUGCCUGUUCCCUAUUAUCACUUUAUCUUUUCCAUUUUAUUACCCCACUGUAGUUACUCCUUCACAACCACAGUUACAUUGUUCAUUCCCAGUUUUGUCGUCUGGGCAGCAACAUUAAUUCCUGGAGCAGUUUUUUCCCCUCGUGAAAUAUUGUGGAGGUCAGCUGUGUGGCAGGCAGGAGUUGGACCCAAAAAUAAGAAAUAUAUUUAAAAGCAGCUUUAUUGCUUCACUUUUACCAAAGCACAACAUAAUAUCAGAUCAGAAACCAAAACUAACUGGGAGACACAGCUAUGAGGUAGAACAUGGAAAGGACGAGGGAACAAACUGAAGAGAGAGCAGCUGAAACUAACUACAGGUGGUGAGAGAGGGGAAGUAGAGCUAAAUACAAAGCACAAAAACUGUAGACCACCAAAAUAAAACACGACAAAACAAAAUAAAAACGCAGAGUUGAUACAACAGGAAGGUAAACAAACACAGAACUGACUUGACAAGAGGGUACAGGGAACAAAGGGGAGGUAUGAUAUCAGGAACAAGAGACAUAAAAAGCAAACUAAACCAACUUUGGGGAAAAAACUAAGAAGACUUGAGAAUAGAAAUACUAAACAAAGUUGAAAUUAAACAGGAUAUUUGGAGUAGAAGACUAGACACAAAAGAAUUGAAAGUAUAAUUCAAAUCAAAUCCUGGAACACCUCACGUCUCAAACUCAGAAUAUUAAAUAAGAAUUAAAAAGUCCAAACAUAGAAAACACAUUUGUCAAAAACCCAGAAUAAUGACAAAUAUAUUUUAUCUUCUAUUUUAAAAUGGAAGCCAUCAGCAGCAAAUAUUGAAAUAAAAGCAUUAAAACUAUUUAAAACCCAGUGUUGGAGUUCUGAUACUGACACUAUUAAGCUGUCAGUAUUAAGUACAGUGGAACCCCGACUUAAGAAAUUAAUUCGUUCCCGAGGGUCUUUCGUAAUUCGAAAAAUUUUGUAAGUCGAAGCACCCAUCGCGCCUUUUGAGUGAACGAUAGUCUAUAGGCUAUUUGCUAACUGCAACAACAAUACGUAGUUCAAGUGGAACAGCGAAGCCAAGUACAAAAGCCAAGGGGGUUGUCGCAUGAUUCGGAAGGCAUUGUGGGCUCAGCCAAUCAGAGCCAGCAGAUUUCGUUACGCGGGCAUUUUGCCGUAACAUGGGCAGAAAUAUUGCCGUAACUUGAAUUUUUCAUUAAAUGGGGUAUUCGUAAGUCGGGGUUCCACUGUAUAAAGUCAAAGUUCCAUACUUUUUCAUCUACUGUUAACUUAAAUAUUUCAGUCUGACACUGACUGACAGUCAGACACGAGUGUUAGGAUAUAUGUUGUCAAAUUGGGGUGGCUGUGGCUCAGGAGGUACAGCAGCUCAUCGAAAAAUUGGAAGGGUGGUGGUUUGAUUCUUGGCUGCUCCAGUCUGCAUGCCAAGGUGUCCUUGGGGAAGAUACAUAUGUGUUUUCAUGGAAAGUUGUCAUUGAUGUGUUCUGUUCAUUAAAAAAGCCAAGAACAGUUCAAAGCUUAUUAACCAAAUCCAAAGACUGUCUACAUCAUUCCUGCAGCUUGUCAUCCAUCUUAAAUUGUCUUGGGUGUUUAUUGUUGAUUAAUUUUAUUAAAAAAUGAUUUAAAUAAACUUUAAUUUAAAUGCAUAAGACCCAGUUUCAUGGUCUGACUGCAUUCAGCUGACACUGAGCUGAAGCAGAAAAGAAGCAGCUGAUGGAAAUGAGGAUUUCAGUUGAUGUGCACAUGAAUGAUUUGUGUUUCCUCUGCAGGUGAAGGUAGAAAGUGUGUGUGAGCUGAUGUGGAUGUGAAUUCAGCAACAUGGAUCAGUGUGAGGACAGAAAGGAGGGAGUCCCUCCCUCUAAAACCACUCUGUGUGGGGAACAUGAGAGCCAGACCAAAGCUCAGAGGAAAAGACGUAAACGUAAACGUGGGAAAAAACAUAAAAAUGGACAAGGACCUGAACCCAGCUGUGUUUCCUUACAAAGUGAUGUGUCAAAGGAAUUUAAUCCUGAUUUUAAAGAAAAUCCUUCUUCUACAGAAAGGAGCUUUGAAAGAUUAGACUGUCCUGUACCUAGCUGUGUAUCCUUGAGCAGUGAAAAGUCAAAGGAGUUAUAUGGUGUUAAUUUCAACACAGAGCAACAGUCUGCCUCAGAGAGAGUGGACCAGGAGAGUUUAGAAGUUCUCAGUGAUCAGUCUUCCCAGCAGCAAGAAAGGAAUCUGGACUCAAUAUUUAUGCUCCUAGAGGACAACAUUUUCAGCUUUGUGAAGAAUGAGAUCAAGAAAACCAAGAAGAUUCUCAGCCCAGAUUACUCAGAUGGCUUAGAGAGUCAGGGGGAGGAUGAGGUGGUUUUGGAAAGUGAGGAUGAAGAAGAGCAGAAGAGGAGCAUGAGAGAUGCAGUUGUGAAGAUCAUUCUGCACUUCCUGAGGAAAAUGAAGCAGGGAGAACUGGCAGACCGUCUGCAGAACAAAUUUCCCACCCUGUGCCCACAUAAACUUAAAUCUACACUGAAGAAGAAGCUCUGCACUGUUUUUGAGGGAAUUCCUAAAGCAGGAAACCCAACCCCUCUGAAUCAGAUCUACACAGAGCUCCAUAUCACAGAGGGAGGGACAGCAGAUGUCAAUAAUGAACAUGAGGUCAGACAAAUAGCAACCAGGAAACCAGACAGACCAGAAAAAAUAAUCAGACAAGAAGACCUCUUUAAAAUCUCACCUGGAAGAAAUAAACCAAUCAGAACAGUGCUGACAGAGGGAGUGGCUGGCAUUGGGAAAACACUGUUGACACAGAAGUUCACUCUAGACUGGGCUGAAGACAAAGCCAACCAAGACAUUCAGUUCAUAUUUCCAUUCAGUUUCAGAGAGCUGAAUGUGCUGAAAGAGAAAAGGUUCAGCUUGGUAGAACUCGUUCAUCACUUCUUUACUGAAACCAAAGAAGCAGGAAUCUGCAGCUUUGAAGAUGUCCGGGUUGUUUUCAUCUUUGAUGGUCUGGAUGAGUGUCGACUUCCUCUGGACUUCCACAACACUGAGAUCAUAACUGACCCUACACUAUCCACCUCAGUGGAUAUGAUACUGACAAACCUCAUCAAGGGCAACCUGCUCCCAUCUGCUCACCUCUGGAUAACCACACGACCUGCAGCAGCAAAUCAGAUCCCUCCUAGCUGUGUUGACAUGGUGACAGAGGUGAUAGGAUUCACUGAUCAACAGAAGGAGGAGUAUUUCAUGAACAGAUUUAGAGAUAUGAAGUUGACUAGCAAAAUAAUCUCCCAUAUCAAGACAUCACGAAGCCUCCACAUCAUGUGCUACAUUCCAGUCUUCUGCUGGAUCACUGCUACAGUUCUGGAGGAUGUGCUGAAAACCAGAGAGAGAGGACAGCUGCCCAAGACCCUGACUGAGAUGUACAUCCACUUUCUGGUGGUUCAGGUCAAAGUAAAGAAGGUCAAGUAUGAUCGAGGAGCUGAGACAGAUCCACACUGGAGUCCAGAGAGCAGGAAGAUGAUUGAGUCUCUGGGCAAACUGGCUUUUGACCAACUGCAGAAAGGAAACCUGAUUUUCUAUGAAUCAGACCUGACAGAGAGCAACAUUGAUAUAAAAGCUGCCUCAGUGUACUCAGGAGUGUUCACAGAGAUCUUUAAAGAGGAGAGAGGACUGUACCAGGACAAAGUGUACUGCUUUGUUCAUCUAAGUGUUCAGGAGUUUCUGGCUGCUCUUCAUGUCCAUCUGACCUUCGUCAACUCCGGAGUCAAUCUGCUCAAAGAACAAGAAACAGCUUAUCAGAACUCUGAAACAAGAAAAUCUGCAGAGACUCAUUUGUACAAGAGUGCUGUGGAUAAGGCGUUGCAGACUUUAAAUGGACACCUAGACCUCUUUCUUCGUUUCCUCUUGGGUUUUUCACUACAGACAAAUCAGAAUCUCCUACGAGGCCUACUUACACAGACAGGGAGUUGCUCACAGACCAAUCAGGAAACAGUCCAGCAUAUCAAGAAGAAGCUCAGUAAGAAUUUGUCUGCAGAGAAAAGCAUCAAUCUGUUCCACUGUUUAAAUGAACUGAAUGAUCAUUCUCUAGUUGAGGAGAUCCAACAGUCCCUGAGAUCAGGAAGUCUCUCCACUGAUAAACUGUCUCCUGCUCAGUGGUCAGCUCUUGUCUUCAUCUUACUGUCAUCAGAAAAAGAUCUGGAUGUGUUUGACCUGAAGAAAUACUCUGCUUCAGAGGAAGCUCUUUUGAAGCUGCUGCCAGUAGUUAAAGCUUCCAGUAAAGCUCUAUUGAGCAGCUGUAACCUCUCAGAGAGAAGCUGUGAAGCUCUCUCCUCGGUUUGCAGUUUCCAGUCUUCUAAUCUGAGAGAGCUGGACCUGAGUAACAAUGAUUUGAAAGACUUGGGAGUGAAAAUAUUGUCUUCCGGACUGGGAAGUCUACAUUUGACACUGGAAACGCUCAGGCUGUCUGGCUGUCUGAUUACACAAGUAGGUUGUACUUCUCUGGCCUCAAGUCUGAGCUCUAGCUGCUCCUAUCUGAAAGAGCUGGACCUGAGCUACAAUCAUCCAGGAAGGGCAGUCAAGCUGCUGCAGAAUCUGGAACUGAAAACUCUCAGGGUGGAGCCUGCUGGAGUCCAAUGGUUGACACCAGGUCUGAGGAAGUAUUCCUGUCAACUCACAAUCGACACAAACACAGUGAACACAAAACUCAAACUGUCUGACAACAACAGGAAGGUGACACGUGUGGAGGAGGAUCAGUCAUAUCCUGAUCAUCCAGACAGAUUUGAUUACCAGUAUCCUCAGCUAUUAUGUAAAGAUGAGCUGACUGGUCGCUGUUACUGGGAGGUCGAAUGGAGAGAACUGGUUAAUAUAUCAGUGAGUUACAGAGGAAUCGUAAGGAAAGGAGACAGUAAUGACUGUUUGUUUGGAAGGAAUGAUCAAUCCUGGAGUCUGAGCUGCUCUCGUGAUUAUGGAUACAGUGUUUAUCAGAAUAAGGAAAACACAUCCAUCUCCUCCUCUUCCUCUUCAUCCUUCAUCUCUAACAGAGUAGCAGUGUAUGUGGACUGUCCUGCUGGCACUCUGUCCUUCUACAGAGUCUCCUCUGACACUCUGAUCCACCUCCACACCUUCAACGCCACAUUCACUGAACCUCUUUAUGCUGGAUUUGGGUUAUGGUUUGGUCAGUCUGGUGCUUCAGUGACUCUGUGCUGAGUUGAGUGUAAAGAGUUUCCUCCUGUUAGAGAAACACUCUGACUGUUGAAGAGAUAGUUCAGUCUGUACAUGUCUGUCUCUUUCACUCAGAAACACAUUUUCAGAUUUGUGCAUUCAAUCAGUUAUUGUUUAAACUGUACUAAAUGAUUCCUUUUAAAGUUCCUCUUCAGUCCUUCAAAGAUGGAAGCUUCCAGGAUCCACGUGUUGUUUUUCUUUUUCCACUCAAAGCUGCACAGUGAAUAUCAGUAUGCUGUUUUUCUUUUAAGCUCAGGUGAGAUGAUUCAGUUCAUUUUAGUUGCAGUUAGUUUGUUGCAAAUGAGACAAACUGUGAUAUCAGAGAGGAGUCACUGAGCUUACCCAAAAGAUCAAUUUACUGUUCAGAUAUUCACACAUUAGUCUCCAAUGGAUACAAAUUUUAUGAGCAGCCAGGGUUCAUUGUGAUAUGUGUUUUGUUUUUAGAAUAAUGAAAUAUAGCUGGACUUUAACUUCCUUGUGGUGGCAUUAAGUGAUCCCCUAAAUGUAUUAGUUCCCAACAUUAUUCAUUGUUGAAUCACUAUUUUGUGUUGGUGGAUGCCAGUAUUGUAGUUUUAUUGUGAACCUGCUCAGUUUCCACAAAAAAAGUCUAAUCAGCAUAUUACAGUGAGACUCAAGUUUGAUCAGCAAAUAAAAUCUUUCUCCAAUGUACAUUCAAAGAAUUUUUAGUAAAUGUUUAGUCCUCUUAUUGGAUGAGCAUGACACUGCCUCUGAGAACCUAAAAUUAUGUUGGUGUGUCUAGACUUUUACAUCGCUUUUUUGGUUUUGACCUUAUUUAAUUCCUUAACGCCUAGUGUAUCAUAUUUGACACAUACGGGAGGGGGGGGGGUUGCCAGUUUUGGGGAUUUCAACAUCAUUGUGAAUUUUUCAACAGUGUGAAUUUUUUCCCCUGUAAAGCCUAAAAAAAUUGCAAAAUGUAUUUUUAAGCAAUUAAAAAAACAUAAGAA